UGAGCGAGUGAGUGAGUGAGAGACUGAGAGUAUAUCAGAGGCAAUAAGGUAGCAACUAGCAAGGUGUAUGAGUUGAACUUGAACUUGCUCGAAUGGCGACCAAGACUUUACUCUUCUUCUGUCUACUUAUCUUGGUCGGAAUCCAAGUCGCCGACUCCAAAUUUAUGGUAUAUGACACCUCCCAAGGGAUAGUCCCCGGCAAACUGAACGUGCACUUGGUGCCUCACACCCACGACGACGUCGGAUGGUUGAAGACCGUUGAUCAGUAUUAUGUUGGCUCCAACAACUCCAUCCAGGGCGCUUGUGUUCAGAAUGUGCUGGACUCUAUGGUUCCUGCUCUUUUGGCUGACAAGAAUCGCAAGUUUAUCUAUGUCGAAAUUGCCUUUUUCCAGCGCUGGUGGAGAGAUCAGAGUGGCGCCGUCCAGCGUAUAGUCAAAGACCUUGUCAGCACCGGUCAACUUGAGUUCAUAAAUGGGGGCAUGUGUAUGCAUGAUGAAGCAGCUACACAUUAUGUGGACAUGAUUGAUCAGACCACUCUCGGGCAUCAGUUUCUUAGAAAGGAAUUCAAUGUCACUCCAAGAAUUGGAUGGCAAAUUGAUCCUUUUGGGCAUUCUUCUGUCCAGGCCUACUUGUUGGGCGCUGAAGUUGGAUUCGACUCACUUUUCUUUGGUCGAAUAGAUUACCAGGACAGGGAAAAACGCAAGAAUGAGAAGAGUCUUGAGUUCCUUUGGCGGGGUUCUAAGAGUCUUGGUUCAUCUGCUGAGAUAUUUUCUGGUGCUUUCCCUAUGAAUUAUGAACCUCCUCCUGGAUUCUAUUUUGAAGUUAAUGCUGAGUCUCCAAUAAUCACUGAUCCAAAUUGGCUAUAGGUUAUCAGUGAAGCUAUCAUUGUUCAUGAUUCUGAGGGACAAGAAAUCAAGUCACAGCUACUUCCUCUAGAUGAUGUCCAUCUGGGCUUAAGGCAAAACUAUGUUAAGGCAUACUUGGGCGAAUUUCCAACAAAGACACCAAAGUAUCUGCUUGUGUUUACUGUAUCUGUGCCUCCACUUGGAUUUAGCACAUACACUAUCUCUGGUGCUGAAGGGGCAGGUGCUAGCUCGACCAGAUCAUCUGUAUACACCUUUCAAAGUAGGGAAAAGUCAACUAUUGUAGUUGGUCAAGGAAAUGUUAAACUCUCUUUUUCCACAGAUCAAGGAAAAAUGAUUAAUUAUGUCAAUAGCAGAAGCUUGGUGGAAGAAUUGGUUCAGCAGUCUUACAGCUUUUAUAACGGGUAUAAUGGCAGUUAUGAUGAAGCUCCUCUGAUUCCUCAGAAUUCUGGGGCAUAUAUCUUCCGUCCUAAUGGUACAUUUUCCAUAGCACCUGAAGGUUCUUUCACUGUUAUACGUGGACCCGUUAUAGAUGAAGUACAUCAGCAGAUUAAUUCGUGGAUACAUCAGAUCACCAGACUUCACAAGGAGAAGGAGCAUGUUGAAAUUGAAUAUAUUGUUGGACCAAUACCUAUUAACGACGGAACCGGAAAAGAAGUUGUUACUCAACUAAACACAACCAUGGCUACAAGCAAAACAUUCUACACUGAUUCUAAUGGGCGUGAUUUCAUCAAAAGGAUUCGUGACUAUAGAACAGAUUGGGACUUCAAAGUGAACCAACCUGUUGCUGGAAAUUAUUACCCUAUUAAUCUUGGUAUUUACAUGCAAGAUGAUAAGAAAGAAUUUUCAGUUUUGGUGGAUCGAUCACUGGGAGGAUCCAGUACAGUGGAUGGUCAGAUAGAGCUGAUGCUUCACAGGAGACUACUACUUGAUGACUCGAGAGGUGUUGCCGAGGCUCUAAAUGAAACAGUUUGUGUUUCUGAUGAAUGCACAGGACUAAGAGUCUUAGGGAAACUAUACUUCAGAAUUGACCGCUUGGGAGAUGGAGCUAAGUGGCGUCGUUCUUUUGGCCAGGAGAUAUAUUCACCUCUUCUACUAGCCUUUGCUGAACAGGAGGGAGAUGACUGGAAGAAUUCUCAUGCAACCACAUUUUCUGGAAUUGAUUCCUCGUAUAGUUUACCUGAUAAUGUUGCUCUUAUAACUCUUCAGGAGCUUGAUGAUGGAAAAGUUCUCAUUCGCUUAGCACAUUUGUACGAGGUUGGAGAGGACAAGGAUUUGUCUGUAAUGGCAAAUGUAGAGCUGAAGAAGCUCUUCCCCAGGAAGGAGAUUGGCAGUGUGACAGAAAUGAACUUAUCGGCUAACCAAGAGAGGAGAGAUAUGGAGAGAAAGAGACUGGUAUGGAAAGCAGAAGAGGGGUCUUCAGGAACAGCAAAGGGUGUGAGGGGUGGGCCUGUUGAUCCUGCAAAACUAGGUGUGGAACUUGCCCCAAUGGAAAUCCGCACCUUUCUGAUCGACUUGGAGCAAAAGUUGCAGCGCCACCGUUAUCAGGAUGUAGUUGAUGCAUAAUAGCAUGAAAAUGGUGUAGCAGUAGUUGAGACUGGAGAGGGGAUUGUGGUAUCGAGCUUCCAAUCUGGUGUUGCCAUACAUUGUAGUACAUAUUUCUUGGCUCGCCACCUAAAUAAUAUGGAGCCAUGUUGUUGUGAUU